CAAUCACAGAGCUCUGAGGGACCAUGGUCCCUCCCACAGCUUCCAACCUGACUUCACAGAAACGAAAGUGAGAGAGAGCUGAAACACUUCCAGUCUGAAGCCACUUCCAGCUCCAGGGAUCCAAACAGCAGUGAGUCCAGCUCCUCGUGCCUCCCUCCAGCAGACAUGGCUGCAGCCAGCAGAUGCCAUUCUGAGGACCAGUUUCUGUGCUCCAUCUGUCUGGAUGUCUUCACGGAUCCUGUCAGCACCUCCUGUGGACACACCUUCUGUCAAAGCUGUAUCACUCUGCACUGGAACACCAGCCUCAUCUUCUUCUGUCCGAUGUGCAAACAGGUCUUCAAAGAGAAGCCAGUGCUCGACAUCAACAGGUGCAUCAAGGAGAUGGUUUCUCAGAUGAGAUGUGAAGCUCAGCAGGAGUCCAGCGGCGGCAGCUCAGAGCAAAGAGCUGCAGGAGGAGGCGUCCUCUGUGACAUCUGCACCGGGACCAGAGUGAAGGCCCUCAAGUCCUGCCUGGUGUGUCUGACCUCCUACUGUGAGACUCACCUGGAGCCUCAUCGCAGCAGGUUGGCCUUGAGAAGGCAUCAGCUGAUCGAGCCUGUGGAGGACCUGGAAGGACGCAUGUGUCCGCAGCACGGUAAACCUCUGGAGCUGUUCUGUCAGAGCGACCAGACCUGUGUCUGCAUGCUCUGCUCUGUCUUAGAGCACAAGAACCACCAGUUUGUUCCUCUGAGAGAAGAGGCCGAUGCCAAGAAGGCCGAGCUGGGGAAGGUGGAGGCCGAGAUCAGGCAGAUCAUCCAAGAGAAACAUAAGAAGGUGAAGGAGAUCAGAGAGGCGGUGAGGAUCAGUAAAGAGUCUGCAGAUGAGGAGAAAGCAGAAGGUGUGGAGGUGUUCAGGGCUCUGGUGCAGGCUGCGGAGGACGGCCUGAAGAAGCUCAUCAAGGACAUCGACGAGAAGCACAAAGCCAAGGAGACGCUGGCUGACGGUCUCCUGGAAGACCUGGACCAGGAGAUCUGUGAGCUGAUAAUGAAGAGCUCUGAGCUGGAGCAGCUGUCACGCUCUGAUGACCACCUCCACCUCCUCCAAAGCUUCCCAACACUGAAAGCUGCUGCCCCAAGUGUCCAGGACUCGGUGGAGGACAGUGUGAGUGUUCCGCUGUACAAGGGGAUGGUGGUGAGAGCCGUGGCUGAGCUGGAGGAGACCAUGAAGAUGAGGAGGGAGAAGCUGUCUGAGUCCGAGCUGAGGAUGGUCCAGAAGUAUGCAGUGGAGGUGACUCUGGAUCCUGAAACAGCAAACUACUGUCUCCACCUGUCAGACAACAACAAACAGGUUCAUGAUGAGGAUGUAAGGAAAGCACUUCCUAAAAAUCCCAAGAGAUUCAAGUAUUCUCUCUAUGUUUUAGGGGAGCAGAGUUUCUCUUCAGGCAGAUUUUACUUUGAGGUUCAGGUGAGAAAAAAGACAGAGUGGGAUGUCGGAGUAGUCGUAGAGUCGAUUGACAGGGAGGAAACAGAGACACCAACACCUAAGAAUGGUUAUUUGGUUUUGAGUCUGCGAAACAACAAUGAGUACUUUGUAUUUGACUCACAUUUACUCAGCCUCAAGCUUCAGUCUCGUCCUAGGAAAAUCGGAGUUUUUGUGGACUAUGAAGAAGGACUGACCUCCUUUUAUGAUGCUGACACCGCAGCUCUGAUUUAUUCAUUCACUGGCUACUCCUUCACCGAGAAGCUCUUCCCAUUCUUUAGUCCCGGUUAUGUAACAGGUUCUUCAAACUCUGCUCCUCUGGUCAUCAGUUCUGUCAAUGAAAUGGUUGAAACUGACUUGUAUGAAGAUGAAAUUGAUUUGUCUGAUUAAUGGAGCAUCAAACACUCUCCUGCUCUGAAUCAGGCAACAGUUCAGAUUCAGACAUGUUAAAGUACCCGAAAUGACCAGAAGAAGAGUCUGAGAAAAACGACAAGUAGAAUCAAAGCGGCAGAGACAACAAGGUAAAAUCCAGUUUCAAGGAACCAACCAAGACACCAGGUUUUUAGUUUUUGCUUCUUUUUAUUGGUGUAAAAUUGGUCCUGAUGUUUUCAUGUGUCUCUCUGCUCUGCAUCAUCGUGGAAAAGAGUUCAACGGACGAAGAUAAUCUUUCUGUCUUUAUGUUCAAACCAUUAUUAAAAGUGAAUCAGUUUUCCGUGUAAAAGUCAUGCAGUUUUAAAGAUUUGAUUACUGACAUAUUCACAUCCUGUUUUUUUCCUUCUGCUGACUCUUUCAUUCACAAAUAGUUUUGAUUUGUUUAAUUUUGGGAUUUGUUAAAUUUACAUUGAAAUGUCUUUUCUCUACGGAGCCCCGGACAUGACAUGGUAAAAAAAAAUUUAAAUUGUGGCCACGAAUUACUAAUUCGUUCCCACGAAUUAAUAAAUCGUGCGCACGAAUUACUAAUUC